CGAAAUGUCACUUUGAUAGUUACCCAAUAAUUUCAUCCUAUAAUUCUCGCUUUCGUUAUCGGUUUGUACAUUUCGAAGGAGAUCGACGAACGUGAUUUAUUUGAACAAAUGUGCAUUUAAUCCACUCGAAUUAACAAGUAGAAUUUCAUAAAUUCACUAAAGAUAUAAUCUCGAAGGAUACGCAUAUAAUCUCGUGAAAUUUUCGUUAUGAACAAUUUUGGUAUCGGAGGCUCUCAAGUGAGUCGCAACGAAAUCAUUCAGUUGUUACUCCGUGUGUCGAUAGCAUCAGUCGUCACUUAUUAUUCAGUGAAAUGGAUGUUAACUCACUUAGACCCGACAAACAAAAAUAAGAAGAAAGCACGCACAAAGGCCGAGGAACAGUUGAAAAGGUUGAAGGAGGGAAACGGCUUCCAGGUUCAAAUAAACACACUGACCGACUAUGAGUUGAUGAUUGCCUCGCACCUGGUAGUUCCGGAGGAUAUUACAGUGAGUUGGGAGGACAUAGCUGGGCUGGACUCAGUUAUCCAGGAACUGAGGGAAUCCGUUGUCUUGCCAGUACGACACCGGGAUUUGUUCAACCAAUCGAAGUUGUGGCAGGCACCGAAAGGAGUGCUCUUACAUGGCCCACCUGGUUGUGGAAAAACACUCAUUGCCAAGGCAACCGCUAAGGAGGCAGGCAUGCGAUUUAUCAAUUUGGAUGUUGCCAUGCUUACAGAUAAAUGGUAUGGCGAAUCACAGAAACUCGCUUCAGCCGUAUUCUCUCUCGCAAUGAAGAUUCAGCCGUGCAUUAUCUUCAUCGAUGAAAUCGACUCAUUCCUACGUUCACGUAAUACGCAUGAUCAUGAGGUAACGGCGAUGAUGAAAACCCAAUUCAUGAUGCUCUGGGACGGAUUGAGCACUGAAACAGGAUCAACGGUCAUUGUUAUGGGAGCGACGAACAGACCACAGGAUCUUGACAAAGCCAUCCUGCGCCGUAUGCCAGCACAAUUCCAUGUCGGAUUGCCCAGUGAUGAGCAACGUGUAAAAAUUCUGAAAUUAAUUUUAGAAACUGAAACAAUAGCGCCUAAUGUAGACCUAAAUCGCUUGGCUAAGCUGACCAAUGGAUUUUCCGGAUCAGAUCUUCGGGAGCUUUGCCGUAAUGCAUCCGUGCACCGAAUGCGUAGUUUUAUGCGAACUAAUCAAGAAAGUAUCUCAAAAAUUGACGCAAACAGUUCCACAUCGCUCAAAGACAACGAUUUGCUUGCUAUCAACAUGGAGGACUUGUUGAACUCAUUUGGUAAAAUGCGCGAGUCGAAAAUGCACACAGGAACUCUAGUGCAUGACACGAGAAUCGAUCUCGACUAAAAUAACAUAAAAACGGGAAAUAACUAGUGGUUGCUGUAUGGCUGACGUAAUAUUAUAUAUUUUAUUGUGUAGUUGCAUUGUUAUCACUGUCAUGACUCCCACGGAUAUUGAAAGUAGUUUGAGAGUGAAAUUGUUACAUUGUGAAAUUCCGAUUUGGACCGGAGACUGAUAACUAUUGUAUUUUCGAAAUUCUUACUUGAAAGUCAGAACGGCAAACAUUAUUAGGAUUAGUUUUUUUUGUAGAUAAAAUGUAUAUUCAGCUUGAAUUAGAGGAUGCCGCAAGAGGACAAUUUAUUGAAAAGAAAAAGGUUUUGACAUAUUUAUGAUUGAAUAAAAUUGGAAGUCAACGUGAA